GUGCCCGCACGCCGCAGCGCCAGCUCCUCCUCCGCUACGGGCAUCACAGGGCAAGACGGAGCUACCUGACGGAGCUGGUCCUCUCCAAGGGGUACGAGGUGCACGGCGAUGGUGGCGCCAGCGCGGGGGCGGGGGCGGUUCGUGGUGGAGAAGAGCAGCGUGAGGGUGCUGGCGCCGGAGCACUUCCGGGGCCACCACGACGCCGCCAUCGGCAACUUCGGGGUGCCCGACUACGGCGGCACGCUCACGGGCGCCGUGCUCCAACCAGACAAGAAGGCCACCGGAUACGCCGAGUUCCCGGCCAGGUUCAAGUCCAAGUCCGGCCGCCCCGUCGUCCUCCUGCUCGACCGAGGAGUGCUACUUCACGCUCAAGUCGUGGAACGCGCAGCAGGCGGGGGCGGCGGCGGUGCUGAUCACGGUGCUCCAUGAAGGAGAAGAAGUACAGCAACACUGCGCGGAGGAGGUGGUGGCGUCGCUGGGGCUGCCGCUGGAGAAGGUGCUGGCGUGCAUGGUCGACCCCGACGCCGAUGCCAACAACGCCGUGCUGUCCAAGGAGCAGGAGGACCAGAUCGGGCGCGGGUCAAGGGGGGACGUCACCAUCCUGCCCACGCUUGUCAUCAACGACAUCCAGUACAGAGGUAUGGCUGGCAUAUAUGGUAUGUUGGUAUCCAUCAGUGGCAUUUUGCAUGACCAUCUUGGCACAUUGCAAUGGGAAUAUUUAAACCAGUACAGUUCUGAAUUGCUAUUAACCUACAUAUUGAAAUGGUGAAUAUGUUAGCACAUAUUUCUCAUACGUGAAGAGCAUCAGUUGAACUAUAGUCCUCUGAUUAAAUGAAUAAAAUGAGUGUUGGCCUGAAGCUUUUGCUUGUUCAUUCGUAGGAUUCAUCAAGGUGUCCAGUGAACUAUCCAUUAUUCUUGCCUAUUUGCUUUUCAGGUAUUAGGCAUUUUGUACUGAAGCAAACUUGUCUGUUUUCGAUUAUGAUAGCAAACUUGUCUUUCUGUAUUGUGUGAUACAUUCUGAAUAUAUGUUAUCUUGGUAUCCAUCAGUAGCAUUUUGCAUUACCAUCUUGGCACAUUGCAAUGGGGGUAUUUAAAUCAGUACAGUUCAAAAUUGUAGUUUGAGAUCUUUGCAUUUGUAAAAUUUUAUGGGACUACAGGUUUUGAGAUCUUUGCUUUCCCAUGCAACCAGUUUGGUGGGCAUGAACUUGGCAUUGAUAAGGAAAAUGUUCAGAUUGCUUGCAUGCCGAGUAUCUGAUUUCUGACAAGGUAAAUGUGUGCUUGAUACUUCCUCCUUUUUUGGUGUCUCUGUUUCAAGCUGAUGUAAAUGUUACUGGCCUACGUCGUAUAGAAGAUAAUUUAGUGAUCUCAAAUGAUCACACUAUCAAAUGGUGAAUGUGCACCGAUAAAGCAUGGGAGUUUUUCUUGUGUUACUAGUGUCCAACCAGAAUUAGUAAGGUAUGAUCAACGUGGCCGUAUAAUUAGAUUUGGAAAAAUACUAACUUGUUAUUUCCUUUGCAUUUUUUACUGUAAAAAGUCAUGGCUCGCCUAUUAACCGGCGGCCGUAGAAGGACUAAUCACCUAACUGAAACACUAAUAAUCAGAAGAUAGAUUGGACUUCGUUUAAUGGAUAUACAGCAUAUUGAAUUAUUUUCUAUUUGGUCUAAUUGAUAUAAUCAUGUCUAAUAGAGUUCACAAUCUUUACUUUGAAGAUCUGUAGCUAGACGUUAGAACUGUUGACAUGCAAAUAAUUAACUAACUGCAUGUCGUACUUGAAUUACAGGUUUUUUGGUUUCGUCACUCCUUUGUUAUAUGGAAGAAGACUUCAUGGUAGAAGAUAGCGACAGAGUGCUGCCGGAUAAUGAGAUGUUGAAGCGGCAGAUUGAAUCCAUGACACCGAAGUGCAAUUGCGGCAGAUUAUCUCUAUCUUUUAUUUUCAUUUUUCUUAUUAUUGAGUGAGAACAGAAUGAGGAACUGUGUGAUAGUACAUACAACAACUGUAGUAAAAAGAAACUUAUGUUUGCAAUUGUUA